GCAGCCAGUCGCCAGGCAGAGAGCGAUCGCUUGGGUUUCUCUCUCUCACAAGGUGGAGAGGAGGCAGAGAAAGGAGGGAACCAAGAAGGGCAGACAGAGGCAGCAGUGCACCUCCCUUUUCCUGCAAAGCAUCUGGAGCUUAAAAGCACUGCAACAGCAGAAGGUGGGAAACAAGGAGGAACAGCCCUGGCAUUGCAACCAAGGAUCGCCACCUUCUCAUCCCAACAGAGAGCUUCUGAUCAGCCAUGGCUCCUGGGCUCCAUCAGAGAAGCCUGGUUUGGAGGAAGAGAGCCUUCCUUUUCCUGGGAUCUGCUCUCUGGGUAUCUCUCUGCUGCAGCCCCCCUCCAUGCGCUGCCUUCAACCUGGAGACCAAGUACGUGAUCGUCAAGAAAGGCAAGAACCCGGAGAGUUUCUUUGGCUUCUCGGUGGCGCUGCACCAUCAAACCCAGCAGCAGAGAUACCUACUGUUAAGUGGAGCUCCCCGUGAUGUGGCAUCAGCAAGGGAUAACAGCACACGGAUGGGUGCCAUGUAUGCUUGCCCUCUGACUGCAUCCACUAAUGACUGCAGACAAGUGGACAUUAAAGUGUCAAGUGAUCCCCGAAAUAAUAUUAUUGACGAUAUGUGGCUGGGGGUGGCAGUAGCAAGUCAGAGAACAGAUUCUGGAAGAGUGAUGGCCUGUGCUCACCGGUAUACCAGGAUCUUAUGGGCUGGCAAUGAAGAUCAGCGACGCAUGGUGGGGAAGUGCUACAUCCGUGGCAAUGACCUGGGCCUUCAGGAAGACGAUGAGUGGCAGACGUACCAUAAUGAGAUAUGCAAUGCAAACACAGACUUAGAGAAGACUGGCAUGUGCCAGAUGGGAAUCAGCGGUGGCUUUACCCCCUACAGUGUUUAUUUUGGAGCUCCUGGUGCUUACAACUGGCAAGGUACUGAUUAUGUGAUCCAGCGUGAAAGCUGGGAUCAGAAGGAUCACUCCUAUCCAGACCAUAAGAGAGGCAACAGCUAUAUGGGAUAUACCAUUGAGGCCAGCACUGCUGUACUGCGCUGGGAAAACAACACUUUCAUCACAGGAGCCCCCCGCUAUAAUCAUACUGGGGCUGUCUUCCUGAUGGCAGCUGAAAAUGACAGUACCUUGCAGGAGAAACUGAUGCUCUUUGGAGAGCAGGUGGGCUCCUAUUUUGGCAGUUCCAUUGCUCUGGCUGACCUCAACAAUGAUGGGUGGCAGGAUUUGAUUAUUGGUGCACCUUACUACUUUGAUCGGAAAGAGGAGAAGGGUGGGGCUGUCUAUGUGUACAUGAACCUGGGUGGAACGUUCCACAGCAGUGCAAACCUCACCCUCACUGGUCCCCGCAAUUCAUCAUUCGGUCUUGCUGUGGCCAACAUUGGAGAUGUCGACAAAGAUGAUUUCCAAGAUAUUGCCAUUGGGGCUCCAUUUGAAGGGUCAGGGAAAGUAUACAUCUACCACAGCAGCGUGGGAGGGCUUGUUGAUAAGCCCCGGCAGAUCAUUAGUGGAAAAGACUUUGUCCCUGGCAUCACAACUUUUGGCUACUCCUUCAGUGGUGGAAUGGAUGUUGAUGGGAACUUCUACCCUGAUCUCCUGGUGGGAACCCUCUCAGAAAACAUUGUGCUGCUCAGAGCCCGUCCAGUGAUCAACAUUGUGAACAAGACUUUUACAGUUACCCCAAACCCCCUGGACCCAGCCAGCUGUACUGAAGACUCCUGCAUUGAGGUGAAUUUCUGCGUCUCCUAUUCCCAAAGUGCUGGAAACCCCAAGUACAAUGAGAACAUCAAACUGAAUUACGUCAUAAAAGCAGACCAGAACCGCCGUCCACCUCGGGUUUAUUUUGCUAAGACACAAUCUCCAGUCUUCAGGGGACAGUUUUCCCUGCCAAUUAAGAAAUGUCCAUCCCUGAAGGUCCUCCUACGGGAUGAUGUGCGAGACAAGCUACACCCAAUUGCGUUUUCUAUGAGCUAUUCCCUUGCUGAGAAAUCAAGGAAAUUCCAGUUGAGCAUAGACUCACUUGACCCAUUUCCCGUCUUGAAUGAGGAUCAGCCUCGUGAGGAAAAUACUGAGAUCCAGUUCCAGAAAGAAUGUGGAACCGAUAACGAAUGCCACAGCAACCUACAGGUUCAGGCUGUAUUUCUGAAUGAUCAGAACCAGAAGCUGCCCAGGCGGAAUGGCAAGCAGAUAUUACAGUACAGCCGUGAUGUCAAGAAACUGAACUUGAGUGUCACUGUCACUAAUCAGCCAACAUCGGCUACCAAUGGAGAGGAUGCUCAUGAAGCCCAACUCAACAUCACUUACCCACCCUCUCUGCGGCCUUCCUCUGUUCGGCCGACUGGAGCCUGCACGUUUGAAGAGACGGUGGUGUGUCAAAUAGGCAACCCUUUCAAAAGGAACCAACAGGCAGAGUUAAUAAUUACAUUUGAAGUGAUUGGAAUUUCAGUGUACACCCAGGAUAUCAUCAUACAGGUGGAGCCUUCCACGAUAAGCCAUCAGAAAGUCACCCCAGUAUCAGCAACCCUGUUGGUGGACUACACUAUUGAUGCAUCAUUGAGAAUUGUCAACCCGUGGCUUCAGUCAUAUUUUAGUGGGACAGUCAUGGGAGAGUCAGCUAUGAAGCAUGAGGAAGACGUCGGCACUCCCAUAAAAUUUGACUUCCAGGUGACUACAAAGGGUGAAUCGUUGGGUUCCCAGGGAACAAUCAUGUUAGGCUUUGAAUGGCCUUAUGAAGCCAGCAAUGGGAAAUGGCUCUUGUACCCCACUGAUAUUCUGGUGAAAGGACGCAGAAGCUGGUUCUGUGAACCCCCUGGGCAUGUCAUCAACCACCUCAACCUCAGCCUCAACAUCCACCAACUUAAUCAUAGCAGCACCCCGACAAGGAAGAAGCGUGAGCUGGAGGCUGCUUCCAAAAGUGAACUUCCCAUCACCUUGGCAGCUUCAAAGAAAGCCAAGUCAGAAAUAUUACUGAGCUGUUCUGAAGGAACAUCUCACUGCAUCUGGUUUGAGUGCCCCCUGAAGGACAUCGGAGCUGUGACAGACGUGACAGUCCGAGCACGGGUCUGGAACAGCACCUUCAUUGAGGAUUACCAUGACUUUGACCGUGUGAAGGUGACUGGGCGAGCCACGCUGUUUCUCAGGACAAAUAUAUCCACAAUCAACAUGAAAAAUGACACAGUGUGGUAUACUGUGAACAUUGAUUCUGAGUUGAGCGAAGAGCAGCCAGCUGAACUUGAGCUGUGGCUGGUGUUGACUGCAGUUGCGGCUGGACUUCUGCUUUUGGGAAUCAUAGUCUUACUACUGUGGAAGUGCAAUUUCUUUAAGCGAACCCGCUACUAUCGAAUCAUGCCCAAAUACCACGCCAUCCGGAUCCGUCAGGAGGAGCGCUACCAGCCGGCUGGUGGGUUCCUACCUCGGAAGCACAAGAAACAAUGGGUGACAAACUGGCAAGAGACGGGACGAUACUACUGAUGCCUGCUCCCCACAAUUCCUUGGCCCUCUUCGUCGCACUCAUGGGCUUCUUGGCUUUCUUUUGUAAAUAGCACUGGACCAACAGAGGAACUGUUAUGUAAACUAAGUUAUGUGACCUAAGUCAGUGAUGAUGACCCAAACAUUUCUGCAUAUAAUCUUAGGGAGAAAAAAUAACUUUUCCAAAAUGGACCUGCUAGACAUUUGUGGAACAUGAGGCACAAAGGGGAAGCCAUUUUAUUUGCACUGAUGGAUUCCUUUUUAACCAUUGCCUGCCACCAGGGUUUUGGGAAUUACAUUUCUCGGUGAAUAGGGGCAGGUAUGAAAAUCAGCGUAGCUUUGCACUGGAAGUAUAUAUGCAAAUACACAACAGUGCCUAAGCACAACACAAAAACAUUCUUCUUUUUCGCCUGCAGCUUCUUGGAUACUAUUGUGAUUUCAUGAGAUUAUUUUUAUAAUUAUUAUUUAUUGCAUUGAUGCCCCCUUUUUCUUCUAGAGAGCUCAGAGCAACUCCCUGACAGCUUAUGAAACCAAAUCUGCUUAGCAGUAGAACUGUGUCAUGUGCCUUCAAACCAUUCUCUGGACUUUCACAAGAUUUUUUCUGCUCAUGUGAACACUUAUGAAAGCUGUCUGUUAAUGCCAGCAUGUAGCAACAGAGAAGGUAACCUACUGAAUCAGACCAUUGCAGGGUUUCUGGCAAGGGGCUGCCUUUUUCAGACCUACCCAGAAAUGCUGGACAUUGAACCUGGGGCCAUUUGCACAGAAGGCAUAUUCUCUACAAUAUAGCGAUGCCUCCCUCCUAGUCCCCACUCCUUUAUUAUAACAGUCCUAUCAAGUCACUAUAAUAUGCCUACUUGUAUCAGAUCAUGCUUUUUUGCAGCAUUUGGGAUUUUGCUGGCUCUCACAUGUACCAAGCUGUGCAAAAUUAAGCCAAUUUUGCCUGUCAGAUGCUUGGGCAAGACCCCACUUGUAUGUAAACACUUGUACCUGUGCAAGGGUAUCUAUGCGUGCUGUUUGUGCAGUCAACUGCCAAUGCAGAUGUGUGCAUGCAAAGCUGUUUUACUUUUCUCAAACAGUCUACUGUCUAAUACACAGUCCCCCUGCUUUUGGUUUUAUGUUUUCUCAGUUCAGCUAUUAAUGUCUACAUUUUUCCCUUUGCCUCUUGGUAAAGAUUCACCCCUGGUCUCAUCCUCAUCACCACCCCUGCUUUUUUACAAACUACUAAGCAUCAAUCACCUGGAUGGGAAAAACCCAUUGACUGUAAUUGUCCUUCUCCCCAACCUCAUACUGCUAUAAUUAACACUGGAUUUAUUGCCACCGGAGCUUCUGCUCUGCUCAGAACUACUGAUUCUUUUUCAUCACUGUUUCUGAAACCUUCUCCACCUUUUGUUGGAGAGAGUGGGUAGUUUUACCACUACUGUAAUCCUGCUACUGAAGGAGCACUGAGAACUCUUCUAAGCUUGAAAAGUAGGGAGGGUGCAGCAUUAAUACAAACAAAUAAACAAACAAACAAACAGAAAUCCCUUCCUAUCAUAUAUGAAAUAAUGUGGAGCUGUCUCUUGCUAUACUUUAGGGACAAUGGUGAAAUAGAGUAAGGGCCCACAGGAUUUUAAUGCAAUGACCUUUGGGUAACCAUUCUCCACACAUUUGCUUUUCUUCUCCUUCCCCAGUUUAGCUGUAAUAAUCAUAGUAGCUUGUUAGGAGAGGGAUAGAUUUUCCCAGCAACAAUACAUUGCUGUGAAUUAUUCCUGUUGCAAGCCAAAGUAUGUGGUGGUUUGGUCUUGAAAGGGUAUCUGAGGCCCAGUAGCUUUAUAAAAAGCCUGUUCCUGGGAAAUGGGAAAUACUAGAAUUGGUGUGUGUGUGUCUGUCUAUGUAUGUAUCUAUCUAUCGAUGUGCCUAGAUAGUUAAACUUUGCUAGUGGUGGGGUAUGAGUAGUAGUGUGAAGAUAGCUGCACAAAAUUCACCACUCGUGGGGGUAGUGAACACUUUGUAUGGUUGACUCCAACUUCAAAGGUGCCCUCUGAAAUGUGGAUUAGACUGGGUACUCUCCUCUGCUGAUGGGAUCUCAGUGGCAGCAGUGUUCUAAAAAAUAAUGGACAAAUGAAUCUAGCCAUUAUCUUAAUUUCUUAUGAUGCUGCAGGUCAAUACUAGGUCAGGGGAUGUUGAAAUAGCCAGCUAGAGCUGAGAGAUGCUCCAAACACCAGCCAGCAUAGACAACAACAUAGAAUCUACUGGGGCACUGAGCUUCUGGCAUCGGCGGAAGGAUGCCAAGUGGUAGUAAUGCUGCCCUUAGCUCUUUGGUUAAAUACUCAAGAGUUUAAAGUUAGGGUAGAAUGCUAGAAUGCAUAAAUGCCCUAAAAGCACCAGAUCCUAUCUGGGAAGCUCAGCAGGGCCAGCCCUGGGUAGUACUUAGGAUGGGAGUCCACCAAUGAAUACCAGGUGCUGCAGGCUAUAUUUCAGAGGAAGGAACUAACAAAACCACCUCUGAGUAUUCAUUGCCUAUGAAAACGCUAUGAAAUUUAUGAUGUCGCCAUAAGUUGACAGGUGACUUGAAGGCACUUACACACACACAGAGGGAGAGAGAGAGAGAGAGAGAACCCAACCCCAGAAUAUGUUUCUGGGGUCAAUUCUCCACUGUGGAACAUGUGACUUUAAAGAUUAGUGGCUGUGAGGAUAUGUGAGGUGUCUCCCAACUAAGCCACAGCAGCCAGCUCCCACAUGCAUGGGAAGGAAUGGAUCGGGGAAGGUGCAUUUUCUGCUUACAGAGAGUGUAGGGAGGCUUAAGGCCUGACAGCUCUCAUUUUAGAAAUUAAGAAGUGCCUGUGAAAAAAGGGAAGGAAUGGAAAGGAGACAACUGUCUCUACUUCGGUGGAAGCCAAAUGGACAGCCAAAAAAGGGAAGGCACGCCUCAACCCCUGCCCACUUUUUGGCUGCCGUUUUGAAUCUUGAAAAGUUGGUCUCAAAUGCAAGAGGAUGGUCUAGACUGGGCAACUGCUUCUGUAUAUGGCCAAAUUGAGCAGUGCCAAUCUUUCCAAGAAGCAUAUGCCUUUCAUAUUCUGGGCUGUUGGGAAGGAUAUGUGGAAAACACUGUUCAUUAUUACAACCGAAUGACCCUUACUCAUGUCUGACUCAAAAGAAGUUAACAUGGCAUUGUACAGUGGGCCUUUGGUAUCCGCUGGAGUUUAGUUCCAGGAUGCCCCAUGGAUACCAAAAUCCAUGGAUGCUCGGUUCCAGUAAAUACAGUGGUAUAGUAAAACGUUCUCCCUUAUAUAAAAAUGGCAAAAUGAAGGUUAGCUUUUUUGGAAUUUAUAUUUUUGCUAAUAUUUUCAAGCCAUAGAGGGUUGAAUCUGUGAAUAAGUAGAUAGGGGAGGCCGACUGUAUAAAGGCAGAUAGACAUUUUCAAGAUUCACAUACUUUAUCUACAUUCAGAAGGUUGGCCAGUUUUCUGGAUUUCUGGUCAUGUAUGUAUUAAUCUGUCACAAAGAAGAGGUUGCUGGUGAUGUAAAUUGUACAAAACAUGAGUUAAAAUCAGGGCCUAACUGGUCUGUGUUAAAAUUUCAUUGAAAGGGGAACAAACUGCUUAAAUGUCACAGUCAAGCUAGUGCUUUGUUAACUUAGCACCAAGCUCUGAACUGUGAUGGUCACAUCAUGUCUGCCUUCUGUGGCUCGUUCCCCAUCUCCCAGCUGUAUAUUAAAUUAUUAAGAAUGUACCUAUCUUUACCCAUGUGUACAUAAAUAAAUUAGAUAUACUGUAUAUAUAUAUAUAUAUUUGUUCUUGAUUGGAAUAUAUCACAUUUUAUGGUACUGGAGGUCUUAAAAUCAUUGUGCCUUGGUUGUAAAUAAGCUUGAGGGGUUAUUUUAUGAAUAAAAAAAAUUGACACUGA